GCGAAACGAAACUGGAAGCAAAGAGAAGCAAAGAGAAGUGCUUAGGUAUUUAAUUCACGAAUAUUUUAUAUGAUUUAAUAAUUUCGUUAACAUGCAUUUUUGCCAGACAGGUUGUGCGUGCGCGUAGUUAGAUGCAUACGUAGGCAGCUAUUUAAGUGAUUUAUUUUCAGUACGUGCCGUGGCUUUUUCAUUGUGUAUGUGGACUGUGGAGACGCGAGUGGGACUGAAAGUUGUGUGUACAGUUAGUCGCAAAUAGCGGGCGUCGUCAGCCCUGAUUUACGGGUGGCGCAUUUCAGGCUGCGAUGGCGAUGCCGGAGCAGUUUUCUUUGCGUUGGAAUGAUUUCCACGCAAACUUGUCCCAGUCCUUCCAAGCGUUGUUGGAAGGCGAGGACCUGGUAGACGUGACACUGGCCGCUGGGGGACAGUAUGUACACGCUCACAAACUCAUUCUCUCCGUCUGCAGUCCCUAUUUCAAGGAGCUGUUUAAGAUGAACCCUUGUGAACAUCCAAUUGUAAUCUUAAAAGAUGUGGCACACCAGGAGUUGCGACAGCUUUUGCAAUUUAUGUAUCGUGGAGAAGUCCAUGUAAGAACGCAAGAACUGUCUGCCUUUCUACACACAGCUGAAUUGCUGCAGGUGAAAGGGCUAACUGGCGGUAGAGAGAGAAGCGAGUCACCCCCUGCACCAUUGGAAGACGACUCGUUAAAUGCAAGACCUACGCCACCUGAACCUGUCAGUGACAGUUUGCCCGAAUGGGUUCCAUCGGGUGAAGAAGCCAUCACUCCUGAAGUCCCACAAGAGUCUGUAAGCUCACUAGUCCCUAAAGAUGAAGCUGCCCGAAGCCCACUGAAACGGUUGCUGAAGAAUACCACGAACAAGAACAGUUACAACAUCAAAAAGAAGCCACGGCCAGUAAGCGAAAAUAGCCCUUCUCUUGUUGAAAAUACUGAAUAUGCAUCUGACGGUGAAUUAAUGAUCGACUUUGACAACGAUAUGCUUCAUAACCUGGUUUCGCCAGAUUCAGGCAAAGAGUCCGGAUGGAACUGCAAAACGGGCGGGGUUAAGUGUCCGUCUUGUCACCGAUUUUUCGCGAAUCGAUACAACCUGAAAGUACAUAUUCGGGACAAACACGACACAAGGGAAGGAACUCUACAAUGUGACCUCUGCCAGAAGCGUAUGCGCAACCCUUCGUGUCUUCGCGUGCACAUGUACCACCAUCGUAAGCAGGCCGCCUAUCUGGCACAGCUGAGUGCUCAAGGAGACCAAAUGAGGCACGUUGUGCAAAACAUGGUUGGAAAUAAGUGGCGUACCGAUGCGAAUGCAGACUUGAGCUCUGUCGACAAUGUACAAAACAUGGUUGGAAACAAGUGGCGUUCCGAUGCGAAUGCAGACUUGAGAGAUGUCGAUAAUGUACAAAACCUGGUUGAAAACAAAUGGCGUUCUGAUGUGAAUGCAGACUUGAGAGAUGUCGACAACUAUCCGGCGUCGGGCCAGUUGGAAGCGAAGUACCAGCCGCCUGCUGAGACCCAGUCGCCGGUUGCCGCCGAAGCCGCGCUUCCGAAGGUCGAAGCGAAUCUCGAGACAGUAUGAUUAGCACCCAACGCUACGGUCGCCGAUGACGAUUACGUGGACCCAUUAACCUUGGCUGCUAUAUUCACUCAACAGUUCCGCUGGGACGCAAAGCUCAUUUUCGGUCGUGUUAACACCAGGGAACCCAAAAAAUCGUUUUAUAGAAUGAAUGACACAGGCUGAUUAUUAUUUUUACAAGUGUUCUUUCCUUUUUCUUCUUCUUUGGUUCACUGUGAUUUCUCCAUUUAGAAACACGAAGAAUUUACUGUGCUACAUUCGAAUAUAAAGUUUUUUUCAGAAUUUCAAUUUCAAACAAAACUGCAUUAUUCUAACUAUGUAUUCGAGUAUAUAUUUUUUUUUGGAAAAUGGGGUUAAAAUAGAUUUUAUUACUAAAUUAGGAUCAGAACAUUAGCCCAUAGAGUUAAACUUACACGACAGUAUCUUUUUAAGACGUAAUUAACAAAAAAUGUCAUGUACAAAGUAUCAGUAUGACUGUUUCAUAACAGUAACAGUAAAAAUGCGUGAAAUUCACGCACUACGUCUCUUUAAGAAAUUGCUUGGCACAAAUUAAUUCAUUACAUAAUGAACUCAAAGUUCAGUAUACUUUGUUGUUUGAGACAAUAUACUCUCUACGUCAUUCAAUCUCCGGCCUGCCACGAUGACAAUAUAAUUAUUAUUUUUCAAACCAAUAAAAUUUUGUAUAUCUUUUUUUAUGGUAUAAUAUUUCGCAUAUAAGUUUUUUCACAUAAAUAUUUAUGACAAAGGUGGUUAUUUUUUGUGUACAAUCUGUAACUAAAACGGCAAAUCUAAAUGUACCACUAUACCGUUCGGAAUGUUCCUUGUGAAACAGUAUAGCGGUAUAAUGUGGACCUGUUUAACACACUGAAAUUCUUGAUCGUUAAUUGUGUCUAAUAAAGUCGCUAUGAAGUUUCCGCCGAAUUUAAUACAGGAACGAUAUCUAAGUACUAAUAAUAGUCAUUAAGCCAAUUUGAACAAAAAUAAUGAUUUUUUUAUUAUUUCAUGCAACUUUGUAUACAGUUGUGCUGUUGAGUUGAAUAUUAUUUACACUACAUUCCACCACAUGAUUUCCAAAGACUGAAACAAAAAUAAAAUAUCCAAUCGAAUCAUCGUAUCGUAAUAAUUUACGAGGUGCGUUGAAUGACGUACUUAGUUAUAAAAUAAAAUAAGUCGUCAUACGCUAAAAAUAAAAUAUAAAGAUAGUCUAAACUUUACAAUUAUAAGUUUUUGAGAGAAUUAGCACGCACCUCGUAAAUGGUAAUAGUUUUUAAGUAACUUUUCUUUAAGCCGUAUCAACCGAUGUAGUUGUUCUAAUCAGCUUUAUGGUGAAUAGUGUAGCUAGAGUCUUCAAGCGUCCGUGAUUGACGGAAAAUGAAGGAAUUUUUGACGAUAUUUUUUUUUUCACAUCAAAGUUUGCAGUAACGUUAUGACGACUACACCCUCCCAAUAUGCAUUUAAAUUUUUUAACAAUCGGUACUGAUGUCUGACAAGCUGUAAAGUACAAGUAUAAAAGGCAGCUUGAAUAAUUAGUUUCUAAUACACAUAAAUGUUGCCAUUCUCAAUAAAAUGUACAAAGAUAUUAUCAACAUUUAAAUUUUUUCGUAGUAAAAUGAAUUACAAAAAAGAUUUUAAAACAUAACCUUACAGUACAAAAUACCUUAUUGUGUAUAUUAAUCAUUUAUAAAAAUAUAAUUAUGCUUUACUUAGUAAUUUUAAGAUUUUUACGAUAAGAUCACAUAUUAGUUUUGAUUAGAACAGUUUUUUUAUACGUACAAUUAUUUUUAGUCUGAAUUUCUAUAUAUUUUUCUUAAUAUUAUUAUAAUACAAGGGUUUUAGGUAUAUUUAAUUGAAAAUUUAUAUGUACCUCAUGUGACUGUUUUAGUUUUAUUCAAUGAAAUGAUAUUUUAAUAUUUUAUCAUAGAUAUGUUACGUUCAUAUUACAUGGCUUAUAAAAUCUGUUCCCGCUCAUGAAUAUGAUAGAAGUUACAAAACUCACCAGAGUAGACCACAUGCUAUCUACGAAUGUGACCUAAAUGAGGUAGUUUUAAGUCUUCUUAUCGGAAGUGUGUGUUACAUGUAAUUAUAAUAUCAUUGGUUAUGAAAAUUUCAUAAGGUGUGGUAGAAUUCAUCACACAGGAUUUUAGGUAAUUAUCGUUAUUAGGUCUGCUGAAGUAACUUUAUUCAUUCUCAUAUUGAUAUACAUGCGUAGAGUUUUCAGAUUUGUCAUCAUUAAAACAAAUAAAGAUUGCCAUGCCCUGAUUUAAGAUAAUAAACAAUUUUAACGUCGUUUUAAUUGUAAUCCAAUACUUGUAACAAUAUUUCCUAAACUCCUGUGAUUCGACACGUUACGGAUGUGGAAAAAAUUCCAAGAUGAAAUGAUAAUUCCGUAUUAUUAUACAUUCCGUUUUUGUAAGGCCAGCUUGUGAAAUAAAUAAUUAUUAUAAUAAGUAACAAUCUUAUAAGGUUGUACGAAGUUUGUAAGUUCGAUUCUAUUUUGAACUCUUCGGUUUUUGUUUAGUUUUUACAGCAAAGCUUUAAUUUUAUCUAUUCGUCCCAUCGUUUUAGAGUUCAACCGCUUAAGAAAGCGACUUUUUCAUAGAAUUUUAAACAAGAAAGUGAAUACAGUUUGUCAUACAUUUAUUAUAUUUUUAAAAGGACUUGAUUAUGCCGUCCUUUAAACAAUCUGGGAAUAUUAACAUAAAAUUGACUCUCAACAGCUUAAAUAUCUCGCUCAAUUUACUUCUCAAACUAAUUUUAGACCAAUUUCGAAAUAUUUCCCAUGAGAGCUCAAUAAUUUAGUUGUGACUGUGUAUACCUCUCCAUAGAAUAAGACCAUAUAUCAUUAUCUCGAACUUUUCCACGUAUUUAUCUAGGAUGGACUGUAAGAUAUUUGAAAAAAUAUUAAGGUUACAAAAUAUUAAUUAAACAUUUGAUGCGUUAUUUAAAAAAGAAAUUAUAUUAUCGUGGUUUGGGUUAUCUAACCAUUAAUGUUAAGGGGUAACAGAACUAACACUUGUUUUCCAUGAUAAGGUUUUUUAUAUCUUUUUACAUUCCAUUAGUUGUUAGUCUGCUUACUCUACCUGAUAAGGUAUAAGUAUUUUAACAUAAUUUUAAACAAUCUAAGUACUCGUAGAGUUUGAUAAGUUUUAUAUUUUUUGUCCAAGGAGAUUAUUAUGUUGUGUACGGUGUGCACGUAAGUGACAUUCCAUUUUGGUAGCUGUAUUAUUAUUUUAGCGUUUAUACUUAUAUAGCGAUAUUUUUUACCAAAUUUUUUUUAUACCAAUGCUCUUUUGUAACGGAUUUAUAUAUAGGUGAAACGUUCAUUUUUUAGGAUUCAGUCUCGACUUACUUGAAACUAAGCUUAAACAGAUUAGUUUCGUAGUUGGCGCCAUUUUAUUUAGGUUAAUCUAGUUUUUGGACAAAUUAAUACUCAAUAAAUACGGCUAAGUAGUUUAGUCGUAUAUCACAUGCAUUUUAAAAGACAUUAUACAUGAUCAUCACAACUAUGCAAUCUGGAAUCCGUAUAAAUAAAAACAUGAUAACAAUCUUUAUCAAUUUUAACAUGGCUGAGGUAUUUUAUUUUUGAUAAUAAUAUGUAGUAAUAUUUCUGUUCAAAAAUUUUCUCGUAAUGUCAUCCUUCUUAGAAAUAAAAAAAACACAGAUUAACAUUAAUAGACACAAUAUAGUCAUGAAUAAAUGAAUAGUCAUAUACCUACAGGUUGUAGAUUGCAUUUUGUGAUUUUGACCAAAUAUUAACGAUUGUUCAGAAAAAGUAAGUUUUGUGAUUAUUUAUUUGUGUUUUAAUGUUACGAUAGGCGUGCUCUUUUAUUUUGUACCAUAUUAUUUUCAAUAAUAUACACUUCAUGUACCAAUUAAUUACGAUAAGUGCUCAAAUAUCGAUGUCUAUAUACAGGAUUUUUCAUGACAAAUUAGCUUUAAGUAAUUAUUCUAUAAGAACAUAAGACGCAUUUGUACCUAUUUUGAUAAAAAAAGUUUAUUACUUGUUGUAUCAUGGUUCGAUUCUGGGUACCGAAUACAAUUUAUCAUUUUGUUUUCUGCCACACGACGGUUAGUAAAUGAUGUGUCGGUAUAUUGAAGCAGAGAGCAUUUUUGUACGAAUUACCGCACAAGACCAUUUGCGGUCGUUUAUAAUUUUUUCUACGAGUGGUAAUUCCUCAACUACGCAGCAGUCAUGGCUUCUAAGAGUUUUGUUUUUAAAUUUUUUUGAUUUACUUGUCCUGUUUGCAGGGUUCAUAUUCCAUCGUUUCUCUUAAAGUUACAACUUACAAUGUACUAUUCGUAUUUAUAUUCAUAUUUUCAUCAAAACAAAUACACAAUCAAACAUAUACCUAGUGAAUACCGGAUGGUAAAAAAAUAAUGAAAUACAGUGUGUUCUUCAUAAUCUUACUACAGCUGGCUAAAACAUAGUAAUUAUGAGUAGGUAUAUAUUAACAAAAUAUCUACGAGUGCGUCUUAUGUAACAUGUGUAAUCUCAAGUAAUAUUAUUAUCAAAAAAUCUGUCAAUUUCGUCAUUUCUCGCCAUAUUAUUAUUGUAAUAGGUGUCAAGUAGUUGUAUCUUACAUCUAUUGCUAACAUAUUGUGUAGCUUUAAGAUAAUUACACUCCUUUUACUCCAUCAUAAUCAGGGUAAAAAGGAGCUUCUAAUCCUUUUACAUAUACUAUAUAUACAUAUUUUUGAAUUUAAUCUUUGUAGUAUUAAAA